GUCGAUCCUGCCCAGUCCGACGUUGCGGUUUCGCCAAAUCACUUGCAAACAUGACAAGUUCCGAACAACCGGUCUGGGAAACUGUGCCCUGCGUGAACCCGCGGGGAGCCCCACUAAUAGGUUCCGGCCACGCUAGUGCCAUACGCAAAGGCUCGCUCUACGUCUUCGGAGAGCGACACCUUCCUGCAACUCCAAUCCGCAGCAGCUCCGUGAUCCGUCCCGCCAACAGCUUUUACGAGUUUAACUUCGCGAGGAAGGAGUGGUCCACGGUAUUGGGCAAUGGAGUGACUCCCAGUCAGCGCAAGAGCCACUCGGCUGUGGUCCACAGGGACUCGUUCUAUGUUUUUGGCGGAUACGACGGCGAUAGACGCUUGAACGACUUCUUCUCCUACAAUUUCUUGACGCAAACCUGGACCAACGUGUUCGUCAAUGCUGGACAGCAGCCGACGCCGAGAUACGGCCACGCUUCCGUGGUGUAUGACAACGCGAUGUACAUCUUCGGUGGGAGUGACAGCCACUACGACCGCGAGUCAAUGUCAAGUCGCAGCUCCAGCGAAUACGGCAGGCUGGACUCUGGUCGCCACGUUAACGACAUGCACUCGUUUAACUUGGAAACGAAUUCGUGGUCUUUAAUUCGUACCACUGGAGAGGUCCCGUAUCCUCGCGAGGGAGCUUCGAUGAUUGUAUACAACCAGAGCUGCGUGCUCUUCGGAGGAUACGACCACGACCUUGGCUACCUCAACGAUGUCCAUGUUUUCAACUUCGAGACUCGAGUUUGGUCAAGUCUUGAGACCAAGGGCACGGCACCGACAGGUUGUCACCACCCGUUAGUGACUUUGCACAACAAUUCGUUGAUUGUCUUUGGGGGACAGACAGGUUCGAAUCUGUACGAACUCGAUCUUGAAACGAACACUUGGGAAACUAUUGCUUACGCAGGCUCUUCCCCGAAGAGCAACGCACCUGCUGGAUGUGUAAAUGAAGAUAAGUUGAUCGUUUUGAGCGAGCACAAUGAAGCGGCCAGCUUCAAACAGAUUCAGUUACCUCAAAAGAAGACGAAAUGCACGACCGAGGAAGACCUGAAGCCAGAUGAAGAGGGCUCAGCUAUAGCCCACCUGCGUUCACUCGUCAACAACCAGCUCAUGAGCGACGUCACUUUCUUGGUGGACGGAGAGCCGAUUUACGGCCAUAAGAGUCUCUGUGUGCGGUGCAACUACUUUAAGGCCAUGUUCACUGGAGAGAUGAAUGAAAGCACUGCUGAUGAAGUGGAGAUUUCAGACGUCAGUCGAGCGACGUUCCUUUCCCUGUUAGAGUAUGUAUACACCGAUCGACUCGCUGUAGCGGACGACGAUGUCAAGGAGCUUUUCGUUGCCGCCGACAGAUAUGGCAUCGAGAGCCUCAAACGUCUUUGUGCCCAGAGACUUUUAAAGUCUGUGAGCGUCGACAAUGUCGCUAGCAUCCUUCAGGCAGCGGACCAACACAAUUCUCCGUCACUACGAGACGAAUGCUUCGCCUACACGCUCAAACACUUCGAUACCGUCUCGAAAACUCCGUCGUUUCUGGAAAUGGCACGAAACAAUAUUGAGCUGGCGUUGCAGAUUCUACAACAACGUUAG